CUUUUCCUGCUGCACUUGGACGACAUUUUGCCCAAUGUCGUCAAAAGAGGAGGAUCGUCCACCAAUGCACCUAUCGGAUGCUCCACGAUCGUUUGCAACCGCCCCGGCGAGGAGCUGCUGGGCCACACGGAGGACGCGCUGUCGCCGACGCUGAACCACUUCUACCUGGUGUCGGCGCACGUGCUGCCCGAGCCGGGGCUGCCGCAGGGCCGCUGGAAAGACGCGGAGGAGCGCUUCACCUCGCUGUGCUACGCGGGCAUUCUGCCCGGCUUCACCAUGAGCUACAACCACCACGGCCUGGUCUACUCCAUCAACGUCGUCUCGGCCGCCACGCUCGUCGCCGGCAAGACGCUGCCCGAAAUAAAAGGCAGCAUGAUGGAGAGUAGUGAUUGCCGUCAUAAAGCAAUUAGUGCUCAUGGAGAACCAGAAAAUUAUGGAAGUAUUGUUAAUAUGCUGGGAGAUCAGACGGAUCCAAAGUUCACAGUCUUUCAAGAUAAAACGGACCAUGUGACUACUCUGGCUGUUGGCAUUUUUGAUUGUGUUAAGAGAACAUGGAGUAUUUAUUCAGACAAUCCAAAGAAAACUGAACCUAUUGUUGUUCUACCUAUUCAGCUGAAAACAGACAAGAAAAGAGGCAGUGCUUCUAUGAGAAGAGUAAAUCUGAAGAAACAUCAGGCAACAAUGUUUCCAAUUUGUGUUCAGUGGAAAUAG